AGUUAACGCUGGCGGGCAACCAGUGAAACAUGUAGACGAAGAGGAUACUCCCAUCAAUCGUGAUGAACUCACCUCACUCACAUUGGAGUUUUCCAGGAAGAUCCCGUACAGAUUAACUCUCGGUUCACAGUGGUGCAUAAUGCACUAACAUCAGGUGCAUACUGGUGGGGUCCUAUAUUUAUAAGCGUUGCGAGUGCACGCUUUUGCCCCGAGCCUCCUGCGUCGUCUAUACACACACAAACAUGCGGAAAUUACUACUAUUGUUGGCAUAUACAAGUGCGGCGGUAACGGAGCCUUUGCAAUACGUUUCGCACGGUGGAUUGUUGACGCAUGCGCCGGUGGCAGUCCACGCGCCCGUGGUACAUGCACCGCUAGCUGUCGAGCCUGUUGCAUAUCCAAGGUAUGCGUUUAAUUACGGCGUGAAAGAUCCCCAUACAGGAGACAUCAAAUCACAGCAAGAGGAAAGAGACGGGGAUGUUGUGAAAGGAAGCUACUCGCUGGUGGAACCGGAUGGCUCAACCCGAACUGUAGAUUACUCAGCAGACGACCACAAUGGGUUCAAUGCCGUUGUCCACAAAACUGGACACGCAGUGCAUCCGGUGGCUGUGGCGGCGCCGGUAGCACAUUAUGCCGCUGCGCCAGCUAUUGCAGUCUCUCCCUAUGGAUUACACUAACGAACAUUCGCAGCGUUUUGAGCAAUGACAAUGUGAUUUAAAAUUACAUUGUCGUUAAUUUAAGUACAAUUUAAUAAUAUGCUAAAAGCAAAGAUGGUAUGGACAGGGUUAGGAUAUAAUGCAAAGUUACCGCUCGAUGGUAUUACUUUUUUCUUAAUACGUGUAUGUAGGUAAUGCGCGUAAUUAGUGCUCUGUGGAUAUUUGUUCACAGUCUCACUUUAAUUUGACGUAUGUUCAAUUGCCAUUUGAGAGAAGCAUCUGAAGUAGGUACAAGUAUUUGGUUUAUGAAUGUUAUAAUUACUAUUAGAUUGUAUUUA